AUGGGUGGCAACCAAUUUCAUGGAAGCGUUCCUGUUUCAUUGGCCAAUGCUUCUCAGCUUCAAGAUCUAGACAUCUCUCACAACUUUCUCACAGGGCAAGUUCCUACCAAUCUGGGAAAUUUGAAUGAUCUUCAGCGGUUUAGUUUGGGGCACAACUUUCUGGGAAAUAGCACGAGUCAAGAUUUUAAUUUCAUAACAUCUUUGUCAAACUGCAACAAUCUAAAAAUUCUAUUUUUUAGUGCAAAUAAUUUUGGUCGCUUGUUACCUACCUCCAUAGCCAAUUUGUCUACACUUUAUAUAUUAGGCAUGGGAAGGAAUCAUAUAUCAGGUAAAAUCCCAAUAGGGGUUGAGAAUCUUGUCAAUUUGUACGAAUUAGCCAUGGAGAUAAACCUUUUUUCUGGUGUUAUUCCUUUUUCUUUUGGGAAGCUUGGAAAGCUGCAGUUAUUGGAUUUAGGAGGAAACCUACUGUCUGGUGAAAUCCCAACAUCCCUAGAUAAUAUCACCCAGCUAUAUCAGCUUUAUUUAGAUGAAAACAAAUUAGAAGGAAAAAUACCUUCUAGUAUUGGGAACAUCCAACUCCUGAAACGCUUGGAUAUUUCACAAAAUAAGCUAAUUGGUAUCAUACCCCAACAGAUCUUUGGUCUCUUCUCUCUAUCGGAACUUCUCAACUUAUCACAGAACUCAUUGACAAGUUCCUUGCCCACCCAAGUUGGCAUCCUGAAAAAUAUUCAUGCAUUAGAUGUUUCAGAGAACAAGUUAUCUGGCAAAAUUCCAGAGACAAUAGGUGAUUGUUUGAGCCUAGAAAUCCUUAAUUUGCAGAGUAACUCUCUUCAAGGACCUAUUCCUUCAUCUUUUGCUUCCUUGAGAGGUCUCCAACAAUUAGACCUGUCAAGAAACAACUUGUCAGGAAAGAUUCUAGAAGAUCUGGAGAGCCUUUUGAUUUUACAAUAUUUGAAUCUCUCUUUCAACAACUUUGAAGGUGAAGUGCCAAAAAAAGGAGCUUUUAGAAAUGCAACGACAUUUUCAAUUGUUGGAAACGGUAAGCUUUGCGGGGGGAUCCCUGAAUUGCAGCUGCCACUAUGUCCUAUCCAAAAAAAGAAACAGAAAAAGACUUCCACAAUCAUAAUCCUUGUCACAACCAUCAGUUCAAUUGUGUUCUUCAUGACAAUAACUUGCCUCUGUGUUUUCUAUCGGCGAAAGUCGAGAAAGAAUCCUCCUUCCAUGCCUUUUAUUGUGGAUAAGCUGUUUCAAAUUUCAUACAAGGAACUCUUCCAAGCAACUGCAGGAUUCUCUCCAGAAAACUUAAUUGGACAAGCUUCCAAGAGCUUCUUCGCUGAGUGCAAAGCAUUAAGCAAAAUCCGACAUCGAAAUCGAGUAAAGAUCUUGACAUGCUGCUCUAGUAUUGAUUACAAAGGCAAUGAUUUCAAAGCUCUAGUGUUUGAUUUCAUAGAAAAUGGAAGUUUGGAAAUGUGGUUGCAUCCAGAAGAAAGUCGUAUUGAUCAUUCACAGACUCUGAACCUUCUCCAAAGACUUCAUAUUGCAAUUGAUGUGGCUUCUGCACUGAAUUAUCUUCAUGACCAUUGCGAAAUCAUUCAAUGUGACUUAAAACCAAGUAAUAUUCUUCUUAAUAGUGGCAUGACAGCUCAUGUUGGUGAUUUUGGAUUAGCAAGGUUCCUUACCAAAACAACCAGCUACUCUUCUCAAGGCCAAACUAGUUCCAUUGGGAUGAAGGGAACAAUUGGAAUUGAAGAUAAAUAUACUGCAGAGUAUGGCAUAGGCAGUGAGGCAACAAUAUCAGGAGAUGUUUAUAGCUUUGGGGUAAUUUUACUGGAGAUGUUCACAGGGAAAAGACCAAUUGAAGAAAUGUUUACAGAUGGUCUAAAUCUCCACAAUUUUGUCAGAGCUAAGCUCACGAGAAGAGUCAUGUAA